AUGGGAAAGAAGAAGAGAACUCAAGUAUUCGUCUUAAAACCGUGGUGCUGGUAUUGCGAGAGAGAAUUCGAGGAUGAUAAAGGUGAGUUUCGCAAGCAGUUGGCAAAGCUCACCACCUGUAGUCCUGCUGCAGCAUCAGAAAUCCAAACAUUUCAAAUGUCAGCUGUGCCCAAGGAAACUGAAUACGGCCGGUGGUCUGAUGGUUCACAUCUUACCAACACACUGCCCGGUCGAGAUGGAUACGAUAUCGAAAUCUUCGGUAUGGAAGGUGUACCGGCGAAUGCUGUUGCGGAGUGGAAGUCUAGGAAAGAAGCGGAAGCUGGUACGGCUGCGUUGGCAGCGGCAGCAGCAGCUCUUCGACCUAGGCAGUCAUACAACGUCAUACCGGAAGCAGAUCUCCGAGCGGCUCUAGAACAGCACAAGAAGUUGAUGGCAGCGAGAAACAAUCCAGCUCCAGUCGUACCAUUCCCACCUUUUGGUGCCGCUCCACCACCGUUCCCAGCUGGUCCUCCUCCUGGUUUCCGACCCCCUUUCCCGCCUGCUGGUAUCCCUCCAUUCCCUCCUGCAUCUAACUCGCCAAUCCCGAUCGGCUCGCCUGCUCCUGGGAUCCUCGGAGUACCACCUACACCACCCACUUUUGUUCCUCAAGCAUCAACACCAGUGACCGCCCAGCCUGUUGAGGUUCUGCCACCCAGAGACGGUGUUAUGUGGCCUGAUGCAACUGCAUCCCCUGCCGAAAAACGAGCUCAACAACCUCGAUACCGUUAUUCGUCUCCAACACCCGAAGGAGAGACGGAGGAAGGCAGUGGCGUUGGAAAGAAGAGGAAAGCAGCAGCAGAUUUCUUGUAG